CGUUGAUGUGUGUUUCUCUUGUCAGUCCAUCCAUCCCCGCGUACGCAAUGGUCUAUCUACGAAGGUAUGUAGGUCGUGCGCUACGCUAUGGAUCAUGACAUCGUAUGUAUCGUAUCGUAUCGUGUCGUGUUGGUUGGUUGGUGUAUUCAUUUGAUCAUCAUUUGGGUUUGCGGAGCGGCGCGUGUCGUUUGUCGCGUAUGGCGUUGACCUUCUGCUUCAUCUGCUCGCGCUGCUUGAUGAGCUCGAGGUACUUGUGCUCCAUCUCCAACUCCAUACGCCACUGCGCCUCCUCUUCGCGCAUCAUCUACACACACACACACACAAUUGCUACCGACGGUCUCUCCCCUUCUGUGUGUGCGCCAUCACAUCUACCUUUUCGCGCAUGGCCUCGAACCUCUUGUUCUCGCGCUGCUCGUCCCAGUGCUGCUUGUGGCGCUGCAUCCAUCCAUCCAGCACAUAUAUAUGUCAGUCACGUGAGAGACGAAGGGAGGAUAUGUGAUAUGUGUGAUGGAGUGAGUGGCUGGCUGGCUGGCUGGCAUACCUACCUCUAUGAUGUCCUUGCGAGUCUGGAUGUACUGUUUGCCCAGUUCGUCUUGCCAGAGGGCGAACUGCUUGUCGAAGGCGUACAUCUCGCUCCACACCUUCUUCAGGUUCUCCGAGUGCAGCUGCUUGGCCCAACGCAAAAACUCCUACACACACACACACACACAGCAAUACAGAAACACAGGCGUCCAUCUGGCCAUUGGUGUCCGUCCGCGUGUGGGCCACAUCAUUGGUGUGCGUAUGUGUGUGCUAACUGACCACAUAUUCCUUCCGUUCGUCCAGUUCGCGUUUCUGGCGCUCCCUGAAGGACUCCUUCACAAACUUAGUCAUCUCCGUCCGCUCCUUCACACGCCACUGACGAUGGAGGGAACAGACAGACACGCACACACACACACACACACACAGAGGCAGAGAGAGAGAGAGAGAGAGAGUGGAUGGGGUCGCGGCACGUUAUGGCAUGGAUGUGUGCAUGUUGGUGGCCGUCUCUGCCUUACGUUCAUGAUUUCGCGGUCUCGUUCGACCUCCUCCUCCUGCUUCGCCCUCUUCUCCUCACGAUCCAUCUCCCACCUACAGAGGGGAGGGAGGGAAGGGGAGGGAGGGAGGGAGGGAGGGAGAGACGUCAGUGCAUCUAUCAUAGGGUGCUGUGUGUGAGUGGUUGCGCUGACUUCAUGGCGGACUCCUGCGCACGCAACUCACGGAUCUCCUUCUUGGUCUCAUCCAACUUCUGACGCCACUCCUGCAAUACACAGCCAACGCACCCGGCCAACACAUUCUUGCUGCCCCUUCUGCUGCCGUCAUCACGCACACUGGCGGACCUCCAGUGUCUGUGCGUUGGCCUGUCCCUCCCGGCCGCUCUGCUUGUGCUCCCCCCAGCGCCAGGGCUGCGUGCUGACGCCACGGGUGCCGAUCAUGGCACGCAGGCGGGCCGACGUAAUGGGCUGGGAAGGCCGGGCGUGCAGCGACGACAGCCGACCCUCGUCCACACGAAACCGGCCCGUGCCACCCGCCGGCGGGUUGUUCUCCGACUCAGCAGCACGGACACGGGCAGCACCCACGGAAGCACGGCCACGAUGGCCGCUGAAGGAGGCAAAAGAGAAGACGUGUGUCGACGUGUUGUGAUAGGGUUUAGGGCUUGGCGUCUCUCUGUGUGUACCGCUCAGUGGUGCGGGCGCCAGUGCCCGUGGAGGGCCGCUUCGUCACUUCGUCAGUUGGGGGCAGCUGGGUGAUCGCCUGGCGACUCUGAAUGCAGAGAGGGAUGAUGGGGAGGACACCAACCACAGCAUCACACACACACAUGUACUUUAGUCAGUCAGGUAUUCACUCACCCCGAAGUAUGCGUGUCCGGCAGCGAGGAACGUGUGCAGACUGUGUGCGGCGGUGUCCUCGGGGAAGACAUCGCGGCUAUGGCCCCCCAGGUAGGUAUCUACGGCCGACCAUGCACUCUCGGGGAUGCUGCGGCCAUGACACCAGGCAAGGAAAGAGUGGCUUUCGUGUGCGUCUGGGAAGCUGUGCAGGAUGUCCCCUCUUCCCUCCCACUGACCGUCGCGAGUCGAUGUUGUCGGCUAGUGUGCGCAUGGUCACUACGAGGCGGGUAGCGAUAUCCCCCCCGCCCUCCUGCAGAGCGGCACCCAACUCACCAUAUGACGACGCCUGACACACCACACACGCGUUCGUGAGGUGCAGCUGGAUGUGUGUGUGUCGGUCUGUGCGUACGUCGAGCCGUUCGAUGAGGGAGUCUGUGGAGUAGGCCUGCAGCAGCCGCACCGUCGCCAACACGCACGCCUGCUCGUGCUCGUCCGAUGCGUCGCCAAACAAAUUCUGAGGCAUACAUUACACACAUCCACAAGAUAUCAAAAGAGAACGGAUGGCUGGCUGGCUGAUGCACUUCACCCACUCUUCCAGAUGUGUGUCGUGUGCGCCCCCACCCACCUGCAGCCGCAGCACGGUACAGUUCUCCACUGCCUGGCUCAGCGCCUCCGCAUUCGACGCAUGAGCAGCACGGAGCGAACCUGAAUGAAUGGAUGGAUGGCAAAAAUGGGCGAUGGAAUCGCAUGGGUCGUCUCCUUCUCUCUCUCAGGCCUUGCCUGUAUCCUGCUGUCCAUUCUGUGCACGCCUAUCGCGAUGGUCCGAGGGAGCCGCGGACUGAGGACGAACCGCCGCAGCUGAAGGAUGGGGGAAGAAAACAGUGGAUGGAGGCAGAGGAUGCUCCCUUUUCCGUGUUGCUCACUUGUGGCCAU